AUGGAGAAACCAUCGACCUUGGACCUAUACGACGGGACAACCGAUCCCGAUGACCACAUUCGAAGCAUCGAAGCCGUCAUGGAUUAUCACGUCGUCCGGGGCUCCAUCAAAUGCCGCAUCUUUCCGACCACAUUGAGGAAAAGAGCGAUGACAUGGUAUAGGAAUCUUCCUCCCAACUCCAUUCACUCCUGGACCGACCUCAAAGAGCUCUUCUUAAGCCAUUUCACAGCCUCCCGUCGGCAACCAAAGUCAGAAGCGAACCUUGAGGCUGUGAUCCAAGGAACCGACGAGCCCCUCCGAGAUUACCUCGACAGGUUCAACAAAGAGGUCGUCCAAGUGCAUACGACCGAUUACAUGAAAAGAUACCUCCUAGAGCGGGGACUUCUCCCCGGAAGCGACUUCAAGAAGGCUAUAAAAAUCGAGAAGGUGCACACCAUAAACGCCCUCCUCCGCAAGGCCCAAGCCUUCAUCGCUUUCGAGGAAGGCGAAGCAGCUGCGAUCAAAGCUUCGAGGGGCAAUGAUGUUGCCCGCAGCUCGAACUUCGAUAACUCGGGUUCGCGUCGAGGACACGAAAAGAGGAAAGAUGAUAGAUCCCGCGAUUCCAAAGAACGCCGAGGACCAGCCGAUCGAUUCAACGACUAUACUCCCCUGAACGCCUUGCGCGAAAAAAUCCUGGCCGACUGCCAAAACACCGAGUUCAAGAAUUCCAGCAUCAGGCCCCGAAGUCGAACCCCACCAGACCGGGGACCGACAAGUCUAAAUACUGCAAGUACCACAAGAGUCAUGGGCAUCUAA